GUCUGACUGCUGCCACACUGCGCUCAGUGCAGCGAUACGGACACACUGCUCAGUACUUCGCGUCUCUUAUUAAUGACACUGGGAUUAUUUCAGCGCUUUCCUGCAGGAGUGACAGUGAACUAAACAGAAAGACGCAGGUAGACCUCAGGAGACCCUCAUUUAACGGGAUUUAACGCGCGUUUUCUGCGCGCGUAUAGCGAGUUGCGCCCCGUUGUGCGGACAAAGUUUAUUUCUUCUUCACGGUCCCAUAUGAAGCCGGACCGGAGUUUGAAUUAACACGCCAGUCAGAAUAUCGGCCUAUCUAUGUGACGGCACACAGAACCAUGGUGAAAACCGUAUGGAGAUAGAGACAUCCUCUUUCCAACAAGGGAAAAGGAACUGUUUCUCGUGACAUCCUCUCUUCCCCCCCCCCCAAGCUCUCUUCUGGAAGCGUGUCCAAUAUUUAAACCCUUUUGUCCAGCAUGGCAUCCAGCCUGACGUGCACCGGGAUGAUCUGGGCUCUGCUGUCCCUGCUGAGCGCAGCAGCUUCAUGCGUGGGCUUCUUCAUGCCCUACUGGCUUCUGGGCUCACAGAUGGAUAAGCCGGUGUCCUUCGGCACUUUCCGGCGGUGCUCGUAUCCUGUGCGGGACGAGGAGAGGCAGGCUACGGUCAUGCUGGAGCAGUGCGGGCGCUACGCGAGCUUUCAGGGCAUCCCGAGCGUGGAGUGGCGGAUCUGUACGGUGGUGACGGGGGUGGGAUGCGGCCUGCUGUUGCUGGUGGCGCUCACGGCGCUCAUGGGCUGCUGCAUAUCAGAGCUCAUCUCCAGAACCAUUGGACGCGCAGCAGGGGGCAUGCAGUUCCUCGGAGGUCUGCUCAUCGGUUCAGGCUGUGCUCUGUAUCCUCUCGGGUGGGACAGUGAGGAGGUCCGACAGACGUGUAACAACAGCUCAGAUCAGUUUGAACUUGGCUCUUGUCAGAUUGGCUGGGCAUAUUACUGCACCGGGGCGGGCGCCGCCUCCGCCAUGUUGCUGUGCACUUGGCUCGCUUGUUUCGCAGGGAAGAAACAAAAGCAAUAUCCGUACUAGAAGAACCGACCUCAACUACAGGCUGCACCACAGUAGGAUGGAUGCCUUAGACUCAGUGGAGGCGGGUUCUGUGGCCCAAGGCAUGAUGGCUUUCCUCAAUUACUGCAACUCCGACUCAUAAAGACUCAUAAUGCUCAUACGGACAUUUUUGUGAUUAAUAUGAGCAUGCACUUUUCAAAGAGACGUGAUUUUUGACAGUACUUCCUCUGCUCUCUAAAAAACUAGAGAGUGUUUAACAAAAAGGACCAAUUAUUGUUUUGUUUUUUUAUUAUCACUGUUAUGAAUUUCACAGGCGUGCUUGUUUCUUUUUUCUCUUUCUCUGGAAUUGAUAUUGUAAAAGUAAGCUUUGGUUCAAGUGUAAAAAGAUGGGUAACAGUUUACUUGAAGUCUGUAUAUAUAAUGUAUUAGUAUUAUUAUGCCCAAUAAUACAUCUUAUAAUCACUUGUAUAUUAAAGAC